AUGAUUCUCUUAUCGACAGACAUUAGCAAUGCAGUUUGUGCUGUUCCUGCUUCAGCCAACGAGGGCGAUGCUAUGGUUUUAAAUUGCUCAGCAGUUGGCUAUCCACCUGUAAGCUAUACAUGGACUACACCAGGCAAAAUACAUCAAGGACCUACCACGAGUAUUUCAGCCACUGCCGAUCUGAAUGGUGUGACAGUAACAUGCAAAGCCACAAAUACAUUUGAAAUGAGCACAUGCACCAGAUCACUGACAGUGAACUACAAACCACGUAAUGUAACAGUGUCUCCAUCACGACUGGUACUGAAUGAAACAGAAUCAUUGAAUCUCACCUGUGAUGCAUCAGCUAAUCCUGCUGGAAGCUACUCGUGGUCAUUGAAUGGCAAGAUUCUGGAAGGGGAAACUAGCCGCAUGUUGACUAAACACAAUAUCAAAAUACAAGAUGCUGGAGAAUAUAUCUGUACAGUUACGAAUAGCCUUGGUACUGAUACAAGUGGCAAAGCCGUUGUUGAUGUCCCACACAUAGGGGCUGCAAAUUGUACAGCCAGUCCUGAUCCUGUGCAAGAUGGCAAUAAUAUCACCCUAAAGUGUUCAGCUUCUGGUUAUCCAGCUGUUAACUAUAACUUGACGGUGGGAAACUUAAAAGUUUCUGAAAAUGUAAUAACAGUCAAGGCAGAAGCCAGUCUUAAUGGUGCUGUUAUGACAUGUAAAGCUGUUAAUGACUUUGGAACCAGGAAUUGUACGAAAACAGUAACAGUGCACUAUAAGCCAUACAACAUCCAGGUGUCACCAACAAGUGUGGAUUUGAACGAAAAAGAAUCAUUUAAUCUCAUUUGUAACGCGUCAUCUAAUCCUCCUGGCGAGUACUCCUGGUCAUUCAAUGGAAAUGUUUUGGAUGGUGAAACCGAUAAAGUAUUAGCCAAACGUGACAUAUCACGUGAUGACGCAGGAGAGUAUAGGUGUACGGUUACUAACAAUGUUGGUAGUGGUGCAAGUAAUAUCUCUGUGGUUAAAGUUCGAUAUUUGGAAGAAUGCAAGACUAAUAAGUACACGCUGACCAAUAAGCAGAAUCUCACCUUAUCACCGAAAGGUUUUCCUGAACCAACACUAACCUGUGCAAAGGGGUAUUUCAAUCUGAUAGGAAGCAACACGUACACUUUAUCAAUACCGGAAGCAGGCAACGACAACUGUACAAUUUCCAAUGCUGCUGGAAAAUGCCAAUUUGAAUACGAAGUACUGUUACACGUUGCACCAUUUACAUUUAGUGCGGUAUUUCGCUUGACCAAUCGUGCAUACCGACAGGAAUUUAACGACAAAAACUCCUCGAGUUUCAAGAAACUGAAAGAAGAAAUUGAGAACGAGCUCAAGUCUGUGUAUGAAAGCUACAAAAUUGUCAACAGAGUGCGUGUAAUUGCAUUUCGGGAGGGAAGCGUCAAUGUAGAUUUCAACCUCGAUUUGGUUGCGAACGUGAGUGAUCCUUUGUCUCCUUUGAAAAAUGCCUUGACAAAUGCUGGAGGCAAUUUGAGUGGAUUGGUAAUAGACCCUAGUAGCCUUCAAGCAGGGAGCUAUAUUUUACCUACGACUACUAUUUUGACAACUGUAGAAACAACAUUAGAAACAGGAAGUUCAGCAGGUUGUCAGGUGUCUGUUAUAGUCCUUGGUGUUCUGUUUGGUGUGUCACUUAUUUUCAAUGUCAUCUUCGUUGGUUGUUUUAUUUGGAGGCAUUUGACAGAGAAUAACAGACAGCCGAAGGAAAGUGAGAACAUGAACGAAGUAGGAUACAUGGUAAGAGUCUUUGCUUACAUAUUUGCUCUUAAAGUUAUUGAAGUGCAUUUUCUCGUUGGAGUCAGUUCAACCAGAAGCCAGCGAUUACUCUAUUUUCAACUGGUGUAA